AUGUCAUCAGUUACAUCAAUCGCUCAGCAUGCAGAAUUUACUCAGCAGUGUUACCUCUUUCGAAUUAACUUACAACGUGUUAAAAAUCAUCAUGAUCAGCAAAAUUUCCAACAAAUCAAAUGCGAUGCUAUUGCCAGUUUAAAAAAAAUGAUGGAAAUAGCAAAUCCAGAAGCAACCGGAAAUGGCAAUUUACGAUACGAUUUUGAAUCUUGGCUUUUGUGGAAUUACGAACUGAAUCAAGAAUAUAGUAGUUUGCUGAUGAAUGAAAAAGUAGGUUUCAGUGGAAAAUAUAUUGAUGAAUUGAUGCGUGAAAUAAAAAAAAGAAAGAGAAGGCAAUAA